GACCAACGCGCGCAUCCGCGGCAGUCGCACGGCGCGGUCCGACCCGAGUGUGCGUCAGUUUUGUCGCAUAACAACAUCAUAACAAACGUUAAUCUGACCUACAAGAUCUUACUCUGAGAUCUUUGUGUUAAAUCAUACAGAUUUAGCUUUUGGAAAGUGUAUAAGUAGUAAAGCAAAACGAGUGACAUGAUAAAGACAACGCUUUACCAAUUGAACCCGGCGCGUUUGAUUGAGGAAAUAAAGAAGCGUCCAGGUCUUUACCGGACAGAGCAGCCCGCGGACCGGGAGGAGAAGCUGCACCUCUGGAAAGAGGUCGGAGCCGCUAUAUACGACGACUGGGACAGUUUUAAUAAGGCAACUGCAUACGAUCGAGUCCUCCAAUUGCAAAGGAAAUGGCGCUCACUUCGGGACGCGUACAACAGGGAGCUACGAGCUCGACGCGCGGCGCCGCGUGGCAACCGACGCGUCUACAUUUACUUCAAACGUAUGAGUUUCCUCGGCGGCUUCGAGGGAAGCGUUAGUGAUGAUGACGAUCAAGAUGGUAACCAGGUGAUAUUUAGCAACCAGACCGAAGAUCCUCUUUUCAGUAGUCACACAAGUCAUACGCCGAGACGAAAACGUCGAAAGAAAUCCAGUUCGGACGGGGACCAGGCUCCGGAAGAGUUGGAGAUGCCGGUCUUCCCCGUGGAUAUAUCUGACGAUGGGGACAGCGAUAAAUUAUUUUUGCUCUCAUUUCUACCGGAAAUGAAGCAAUUACCGGCGAAUAUAAAGAUGUGGGCGAGGGCUCAGAUAGCAAAUGUCAUGCAGGAAGCCGUAAACUCACAUUUCAAUAAUUCAAUACCUGGAAGCAGUUCAGAUAGAAACGGAAUGGUCAAACAAAGGAGGGAUAGUUCGGAAUAGAUGAACGAUACAACUGAGUCUUUGAUUAAGUGGAAAAUGGAAUUGACUUAGUUAAUCAUGAAUUUUCCCGUCAUUUUGUUAACGUAAACCUUUAUGUUAGAUUAGCUCAAAUUGAAAGUGUCUGAUUAAAGUACAGAAUUUAUACGUACAUUCAAGAUAGUGGUAGUGAAAUUUAUUAAAGUUGCUUAGAAAAAAUGCUUUUCGGCUGUAUUUUGAGUUUUUUUUUUGUCUUUUCUUUUAUAAAUAAAAACGACUGUAUUGUACAUUAUACUAAUAUAAGCAUGCAUCGCAUGGAUUUAUGAUAACUAGUACUUAAAAGAUUCAA